AUGUCAGAUUCCAACACAACCGACUUCACCAACCCCUCCACCUUCAUCCUGCUGGGCAUUCCUGGCCUGGAGGCAGGUCAUGUCUGGAUCUCCAUCCCCUUCUGCACCAUUUACGCCAUAGCCAUCUUGGGGAACUUCACCAUCCUCUUUAUUGUCAAGAUGGAGCCGAGCCUCCAUGAGCCCAUGUACUAUUUCCUCUGUAUGCUGGCCAUCACCGACCUUUUAAUGUCUACGCCCACCAUUCCCAAAAUGCUGAAUAUCUUCUGGUUCAAUUCCAGGGAGAUCGAUUUCAGUGCCUGCCUCACCCAGAUGUACUUCAUUCAGUGCUUCUCAAUGAUGGCAUCUGGGAUCCUUGUGGCCAUGGCCUUGGAUCGCUACGUGGCCAUCUGUGAUCCCCUGAGACAUUCCACCAUCUUCAGAAACUCUGUGGUGGCCAAGAUCGGCCUGGUCGUGGUUCUGCGUGCUGGCAUGCUCCCAAUACCCAAUCCCAUUCUGGCAAGUCGGUGGCCAUAUUGCAGAACCAACAUCAUCCCCCAGACGUACUGUGAGCACAUAGCUGUGGUGAAGCUGGCCUGCUCUGACAUCCGCAUCAGUAGUUACUACGGCCUCUUUUUGGCAUUCUUGGUAAGUGGUGUGGAUAUAUUUUUGAUCACAGUGUCCUAUAUCCACAUCCUCAGGGCCAUCUUCAGUCUACCCACAAAGGAUGCCCGACUCAAGGUUUUUAGGACCUGUGGCUCCCACCUCUUUGUCUUCUUAGUCUUUUUCAUCCCAUCUUUUUUCUCCAUCCUCAUGCACCGGUUUGGCCAGAAUGUCCCCCUGCACUUCCACAUUCUCAUUGCUAACAUGUACCUCCUGGUGCCCCCGAUGCUGAACCCCAUCAUCUACGGGGUGAGCAUCAAACAGAUCCGGAACAGGCUGUUCCAACUCUUCACUCAUAAAGGGACCUAA